AUGCCGAAAGCCAAUUCAGAGAGGAUAGCCUCCGCUCAGCGUCAAAGACAGCAGAUUUCCAAGAAGGGGGAGAAGUAUGGCCCCAGUACAGUAUACUUACAGGUUCUAGGCUCUGGAGCCAAAGGAGCACCAAACACUUUGUACCUCUUCACAGACCAGAAAAGAUACAUGUUCAACUGCGGUGAAUGUACUCAAAGAUUGGCCCAUGAACACAAGGUGAAGUUAUCAAAGCUUGAUCACAUAUUCAUCACCAGUAAAACUUGGAAGAACAUUGGUGGGCUACCAGGGUUGUCGCUCACACUGCAGGAUGUUGGAGUACCUAAUAUUACGUUACACGGACCAGAGGGAUUGGAUGAAUUGUACAAUGCAACAAAGAGAUUUGUCAUAAUGAAAGAUAUGAAUAUCACAAUGGCCAAGUCUAGUCCAACAGAAGAUUUCGAAGAUAAUGUCAUGACAGUGAAAUAUGUUCUGUUAGGUCCAUUGGACAACCUCCUGAAUGUGCAACCCCCAAAACCAGCAGGAGAGAAAAGUAAACAUGAAUUUACUACAGAGAAAGAAUUUGAGGAAUUUAUUCAUGAUGACACAGAUUAUUACAAUACGAACAAGAAUGUUGUUAAUCACAAAGAAAAGCAGAAGUACCAAAAUAUGAUAAACUAUACUGAAAGAGUGGACACCAUGAAGUUUAAAGCUGAAAAAUUUCUGAAAAACCUACAGAAACAUGUCGACUGUUCUGUUGCCUAUAUCUGUACAUUGAAGAAACGUCUCGGCACUCUCGACUUAGCGAAGUGUGUGGAGCUUGGAGUAAAACCCGGUCCGUUGUUAGGACAACUAAAGAGUGGCAUGGAUGUGGUAUUGCCUAAUGGGAAUCUCGUACUGUCGAAGGAUGUUAAGACGCCGGAUGAUCCGGGUCCUGUAUUUAUAGUAUUGGACGUACCACACCCGUCAUACAUUCAAGAGUCCGAUUUCAAAGCUCACUUCGACAACGGGAUCAACCCUCGAGAGAACAUUCCCUCGCUUGUGGUACACUUCACACCACCUCACGUGUUUCAUCACCCCGCGUACACCGCCUUAAUCUCAAAAUUCGGUCCAACUACUCAGCAUCUUAUUCUCAAUGGAAAGAACUCGUGUCUCGGCUCGGAGGCUGUACAUCGCACUCAACACAAGCUGCACCUCCUAGACCCUGACAUAUUUCCGCUACUCAGGGACGUGAGCGUCCCCGCCGUGUGGACCUCACAGUCACCUUUACCGAAAGCUGAUAGCCCUAUAAAAAUGAAAUGCUUAGAAGAACUAAAGAAUAAGAUAGCCUGCGCGCAGUUCCAGAAUAUUUUUAACCUGGAGGGAUCAGUCAAAGGUGACGCCCCGCAGGCUCAGGAAAAUGGCGAUUCCCUGGUCAAGCAGGACCUGUUCGCUGGUAGAACCCUGACUAUGUACCAUUUGAGACCUAACAGACAGAUAGACAGAUCAGUGGAACCGAAACUCCACAUACAAGACUACAUCCAGGAGACUUUGGACGUUGGUGGGUUUGCCGGUAGCCUGGAGCAGUUCAGACGCGUCGUGGACGGCAUAAGAUAUGCUAAGAGCGAGACUGUGGAGUAUCCUAAAGUAGUAUUCCUUGGUACUGGUUCCUGCAUACCUAGUAAGACGAGAAAUACGAGUGCCAUUGUCAUACAUGUUGAUGAAUCCCGCUCCAUUCUUUUGGAUUGCGGUGAAGGCACCUACGGUCAAAUGGUGCGCUUUUACGGACCGAAGAAGGUGAACGCUUUCCUCAAGACUCUGAAGGCUGUUUACGUAUCUCACUUACACGCUGAUCAUCAUAUCGGUUUAAUUGGUGUCCUUCAAGCCAGGCGGCAAGCAUUCGAAGAGUCGUUAGAGGAACACCACGUGCCUGUGUUCCUGCUCGCCCCAGGGCAAAUAGUUACCUGGCUAACUUUGUACGACAAUCAGUUUGAGAACAUCAAGGACAAUUACACGCUUAUACCUAACCAAAGUCUGCUGGAAGAGGCGGAGUCGUCGAGCGCAGAGCUGAGUGCGGCGGCGCUGGCCGCCAUCGGCGUGCAGAGCGUGCGCACGUGCCGCGUGGCGCACUGCCCCAACGCCUUCGGUGUCGCCCUGCUCAUCAACGGGGAAAAGAUCACAUACUCGGGGGACACGCUGCCGUGCGACGACCUGGUCAAACUUGGCGAAAACUCAACACUUCUAAUCCACGAGGCGACGAUGGAGGACGAGCUGGCGGACGAGGCCCGCACCAAGAUGCACUCGACGACGACGCAGGCGAUAGACAUGGGGCGCCGCAUGAACGCGCGCUUCACCGUCCUCACGCACUUCAGCCAGCGGUACGCGCGGCUGCCCCGCCUCAACGCCAACAUACUCAACAACAACAACACCGUGGGCAUCGCUUUUGACAACAUGCAGAUAACCAUGAAUGACCUGGAGCUACUUCCACACAUGUAUGCGCCUCUACAGCUGAUGUUCGCUGACCAUUGCGUCGAGAUGGAACUUAAAGCUGCGCACCGACAGCUCCGAGAAAAGAGAGACCCGUCCCCAGGCGGUACUCACACGCCCAAGCGAAUGAGGGACCUUAAAGACCGCACACAUCACACAGGUGACAGUAGCCAUGCCAACAAACGUUCGAAAAAUCAUAGUAUGAAAACUGUUCAGACCGAAGCCUCCGCACAUGCAACAUCGGAAAUACUCACACACGCACUCGAGGCUAUCCAAAGUGAAGGGACACACACACACACAGACCAAAAAGCUGAUGUGUCUAAAGACGAUAAUAGUGUUGAGGAUAGUGUCAAAGCUAGCGGUAGCAUUACUGGGAAUAGCAGCACACCAGUGAAUUUCAAGAGACACUCAUCUCCAUGUCGCACCAUCAUCUCCGCGCCUCCGGCUUCAUUCAAAAAGGGUCCUGCUCCAACUGUAGAACAGAAACACACGGAUCAUGUUUUACCACAGAAAAUAAAACAGUUGACACAAAAGGCUACGCUGCAGAACCAAAAUGUGUCUGGUCUAAGACAGGCUAUCUUAGAUAAAACCGUAGGAAUUAAAUCAAAUAGGUCGAAGCCGGCGCCAUCGGUACAUGCGAUUUUAUCGCAACAGGCGAACUUUUCCAGUAAUAGCAACAAUGGAAGCACAUGUCAACUGAAUCAAGAAAUGAAGAGUAGAAUGAGAUCAGACACAAUGAACAAGUCGCCUGUUGCUAAACAACCUCGAAGCCGAAGUUCUUCAUUGACCCCAAGCAAUAGGCGGAACCAGUCCCAGCCAAGAUUCGAGAAUGCGCCACAUUUAUCUAAACCGAGAGCACCAUUGGACCGUACACCGGUAGCAUCGAUGUCUAUGCAAUCGACAGAACUUCUGGAGUGUGAGAAUAAUGGCUAUGGUAAACCCCUAGUUACACCAAUACAUAAGAAGUUGGUCAUCAGGAGAGAUGGAGUACCUAAUACUCCGAUACCUACCCAAGGCAAGCUAUUCAAGAACAAUCCCGUAUGGAAUAGUAGCUCGAACCUGAAUACAGUUUCUAAAAUCCCCGUGUUGAAAAAUAACUACAAACUCAAAGCCUACAGCGCUUCUACAACAUCUCAAAACAUAGCUAAACCUAACGUUGGAGGCUCAACUGGGUCGUCAAAAUGCGACGUCCACAAAGCCAGAGAGUCUAGAACACUAAUAACCAAAAAUUUAAAGGACACCUCACAGGAGAAUAAAAAACCGGUGUUGCCAGUUCAAACUUCUGUUAGGAAUCCAAGUAAAUGUAAUAUACCCAAAACAAGUUUAGAUACGGUGAAAAAACCCGUGGGAAAUACACCUCAAAGUUGCGAAGAAAUGCGAGAAAAGUUACUAAGGAAUAUUGCUCCCACCCUACCAAAUAGAACCACGAUUAUGCAUAGCAGUAUUAAAAAUUACAAGCCUCAAUUAGAAGAUAUCAAGAGUUCAUAUUUGUUAUUGAACAAACACGGACAAGCUGCUCAAUUAAAAACCGGUAAAACACGACUGUCAACAAACGCAGUACUACGAGAAAACAAAGCGCGUCUGCCAAAACUCUCAAAACCGAUUCCCCUCAACGAAGAAUUAAGACAGAAGCAACUGCUGGAAGCAAAAUCUAAAUUCUCUAGUAAGAGAUUUCUCAGUGAUUCAAAAUAUGACAAAAUAGAGGGUCUGAACUGGAUAACUUGGAAAUAA